GUCCCAUAUGGGAGAGCACAGGGAGGGCGUUGUCAGAGCCCCACCCACAGCAGGCCUGGAAUGUGGCCAUUCUCUCGUUGCCUGGCAACUGUCACAUGGGUGUUGAGGGAACUUGGUGGCAGGUCUGAAGCUGCUCCGUCCAUGGGGGACCACAGGAGAAGCUCGCUGGACCCCCCAGCUGGCCGCUCCCAGCCAGGGUCCUUGUCCCAGGACGUCCUCCCCGGCCGCUCCCAGCCGGGGUCCUUGUCCCAGGAUGUCCUCCCCGACCGCUCCCAGCCGGGGUCCCUGUCCCAGGACAUCCUCCCCGGCCGCUCCCAGCCAGGGUCCCUGUCCCAGGAAGCCCAGCCCAGGGCCCAAGGGAGCCUAGAGGAGGAGGAGGACCUGAGUGUCCCGGGCACUGCAUUUGAGCAGCGGGACUCCAAGUACCAGGAUGUGGAGGACGGGGGCCGAGGGUCGCUUGUUCAGGAGGCGGAGCUGCCCCCCGAGGAGGAGGUGGCUGUGGAGGAGCCCUUGAACCCUGAGGAGGCCACGUCAGAGCAGCAGCAGGCUCUGAAGAAGGACACAGAGGAGGGGGUGGCUGAGAUGAGCCGGCUGUCCAUCACCCAGCGCUUCCCGGGGAGGCGGCACCGGCUGCGGGACCUGGCCAGGCCCAAGACCGACUGGCAGAGCGUGAAGGACAGGAGUACCCGGCGGCGGCGGCGGCAGCGUGUCCCCAGGAUCAAGUUCACGUGUCAGGGGUACACCUGGGUGUCCCCCUGCAUGAAGAGCCUGCACUUCUGUAUCUACUGGCCGUCGGUGUACUGGACUGAGCGCUUCGUCAAGGACACCACCCUGUCCAUCACUGUACCCGCCGUGUCCCGCCGCGUGGAGGAACUGGCUCGACCCAAGAGGUUCUACUCAGAGUAUUACAACAACAACAGGAGGGCCGCAGGCUGGCCAGUCCAGCGACCCACCUUGAAGCACCAGGCAUCCAGUCGUCUGCAGGAGCUGGCCACCCCAAAGCCACGGAACAACAUCUGGUGCUUAGCCAUGUCUCAGGUGUCCCAGGUCUCCAAGGCGGCACAGACAGCGGUGCCCAGUAAGAGGACGCUGCGGCUGUCCCAGCCCCGGGCCCCGGCUGCCCUGGCUGAGGAGUGGGACCCCAUGCCCAAGCCCAAGCACCGUAUGUCGGACUACAACCGUCUGCUGCAGCUGUCCACACCCAAGGCCCAGUCGGAGAAGUGCGUCCCAGACCGAGACCCGCGCUGGGAGGUACAGGAUGUCACCAAGAAGGCGGUAGCCAGCCCCCGGACCCUGUCCCUGGCCCAGCCCAAGGUGCGCAAGGACCUGAACGAAGGCUACGACCCCUACCACAUCUCCCCCGCGACCCUGCUGGCGCGCGCCUCCCCGCGCCUGGACGAGCUCGCCACCCCCAAGAGCACCACCAGGAAGGCGUGAGCGCCGCCUGCUGCAGUUCCCAGUAAACACCCACCGAACCGCA